AUGAAGCAUAAUCUAUGUGGAAAUAUGUUUUUUUUACCUAGAUAUCCCCCCUUUUUAAAUGCUAUUUUAUACAUCUUCCUUCAUUUUCUUCUAACCCAAGCCACACCAAGGACAGAGCGAGCCUUGCUGCUCUUUACUCAGCCGCUCUAUAAUGCUUCAGUCUUUGAGAACGCCGCUGCACGAACUUACAUCAGAAGUGAGGUCAGGAUGGGCGUCACUCUUGUGCCAUCUUGGCCUUUAGAUGUGAAGUACUCGAUUGAGUCUGGAGACGGUGAAGGCAUUUUUCAAGCCGAGGAGUUUGAAAUGGGAGAUUUUUGUUUUCUCCGCAUAUGUAUAAAUAGGGGCAGUGGUGCCACACUGAAUCGGGAGGUACAGGACAAUUAUACUCUGACUGUUAAGGCCUCAGCCCAUGAAGGCCUAGAGGCCUUAGCCACCAUUUAUAUCAAGGUCUUGGAUACUAAUGACCUCCGACCACUAUUUUCCCCAACCUUCUAUUCAUUUGUUGUUCCUGAAAGUGCUCCCCUGGGCACCAGUGUAGGACGUGUAACAGCCACAGAUGCAGACAUUGGCUCCAACGGAGAAUUCUACUACUUCUUCAAGAACCGCAUAGAACUCUUUGCUGUUCAUCCAACAAGUGGGGUCAUCACCCUGACAGGCCAACCCAAGAUAGAUAAAAAAGAAAGAUUUGAGCUGGAGGUGCAGGUUGUUGACAGAAGGAUGAAACUUUAUGGGAAUAAUGGUAUCAGCAGCACUGCCAGACUGGUCUUAACUGUGGCUCGGGUUAAUGAGUUUGCUCCUGUUCUCAGUGCUGUCGCUGUUGUUCCAUCAUUGACAGACAAAGACCCAGUCUAUGCUAUAGUGAGUGUUGAGGACAACGACGAGGGACUAUCUGGGGAUAUAGAGUGGUUGUCCAUUAUUGAUGGUGACCCUAAUGAACAGUUUGUGGUUGAGAGAUCAGCUUUUGGAAAUGAAUAUAGAAUUAGAACACUAGAAAAGAUCAACUUGGAUACUUACCCCUAUGGCUGCAACUUAACCUUCCAGGCCAAAGACAGAGGUAUACCUCCCAAAUUUUCUAACACCCAAGUUGUUCACCUGGUGGUUACAGGGCAGGACGUUGUGCAGGCAAAAUUUGAAAAAAAUGUUUAUGUAGUCAAGCUGAAAGAAAUAGCUCCCCCGGGCACUAUUGUAGAAGUGGUAAAAAUAUCCCCAGCUCCUCUGCUUGUCAAUUACAGCUUCAGCAGCCUCUCAGAUCCAAUGCACUUUGAUAUAAACCCUUUGACUGGGGUUAUUGUGACCACAAGGCAGCUAACAAAGAUAUCACAGGAUUUCAUAGAGGUAGAGGUAGUUGAUUGCAUCAGUCAGCAGCGAGCAAAAGUCCAGAUUACUAUAGAAGAUGCAAAUGACAAUUCUCCAGUGUUUCGCCAGCCAUCCUAUCAAACUGCAAUCAACGAGAGCUUACCAAUAGGUACUGUUAUUCUUGUAGUGUCUGCUGUGGAUACUGACAAACGUGAGAAUGGCUAUGUAACUCACACAAUCAAUGGUGAGAAGUCUCUUCCGUUUAGCAUAGAUCAAAACACUGGAGAGCUAAGGAUCACAAGCGAUCUAGACUUUGAGUCAACAGAAGAUGUUUAUACAUUUGCAGUACGAGCCUCGGACUGGGGUUUACCCUACAGAAGGGAGAGUGAGGUCAAUGUUACCAUUCGUGUGAUAAACAUCAAUGACAAUCGGCCUGCUUUUGAGAAGAUUUCUUGCAGAGGAAUGAUAAGUCGCAAUUUUCCCAUCAACAAGACCAUUGUUACCUUGUCAGCAAUAGACAUGGAUGAGAUGGGCAUGGUGAGGUACAAAAUACUGUCUGGGAACGAAUUGGACAAUUUUCACUUAAAUCCAGACUCGGGGGCUUUAGCUUUGAAGAGAUCUUUUGAAGCAGAGAGUUCAAAAAGUGGGAUAUUCAACCUGAAAGUGGUUGCAACAGAUGGUGAGCUGUUCUCUGAUCCUAUAUAUGUAAACAUAUCAGUAGUGAGAAGCAGGAUACCCCCCAGCGGGUUGACCUGUAAAGAGACCAGGGUAGCCCAGUUGUUGGCAGAAAGAAUGCUCUUGAAAGCAUCAGCAAUGGCAAGGCCAAAAUCAACCGAGAGAUAUAUUGAUAUUUUCUCUAUAAACAAACAAGCCCCACAGUUUGAGGCCUUGCCUAUGAGCAUUCUUGUGAGAGAAGACUUGAAUCCUGGAGGAAGUGUGUUUCAAGUACGAGCACGAGAUGGUGACAUAGGUUUUAAUGGACACAUUCUCUUUUCCAUUUAUGAUGGAAACAAAGACAACAGUUUCAACAUCGACAUGGAGAGUGGACUGAUAACAGUACUGCAGCCACUUGACCGUGAGCGAGUGGACCGUUACUUCCUUAAUGUCACCAUCUACGAUCAGGGCAUUCCACAAAUGUCAAACUGGAGAAUUCUGACGGUGAUUGUAGAGGAUGCAAAUGACAACAAUCCCCAGUUCUAUCAAGAUAACUACUCUGUUGUUGUUUCAGAACAAGCAGACAUCGGAAUGGAAGUAAUUACAAUUACUGCCUUUGACAAAGACAUGGGCCAGAAUGGACAGCUCUAUUUUACAAUGCUGACCAACACCCCUCAGUUUGGUAUUGACAGUGAAACUGGAAUUGUUUUUGUUGCCAGCCAGCUAGACAGAGAAACAAUCCCAGUGUUCGUCCUGAUGAUUGAAGUGAGAGACAAGGCUGAAAAGGGCACUCAACGGUCAUCAGUCACUACUCUAAAUAUUAUUCUGGAAGACGUCAAUGAUUGCCCUCCAGUUUUUAUGCCUAGCAGUUACAGCACACGAGUACCAGAGGACUUGCCACCAGGAGUUGUAAUUGCAUUUGUUCAGGCUCAGGACCCAGACGUUGGACCUGGUGGACAAGUCCGAUACUUCUUGUUCAAUGACUUCAAUAAAACUUUUGAGAUUAAUACUCUUACUGGUGUCCUGAGGAUCAUGAAGGAACUGGAUUUUGAGACUAAACAGUUUUUCAACCUGACUGUACUUGCUGAAGACAGAGGAGUACCCAGCCUUCAAAGCCAGACGUUUGUGGAGAUUGAGGUGGCGGAUGUCAAUGAAAAUUUGUAUGCUCCCUAUUUCCCUGACUUUGCUGUGAGAGGCUCAGUGAAGGAGAACUCACGCGCAGGGACAAGUGUCCUGACGGUCAGCGCCAAAGAUGAUGACAAGGGACGAGAUGGCAUGCUGAGAUACUCUGUCAGCCGAGGCAGCGGACUGGGCACUUUCACCAUCGACGAAGACACAGGGGUGAUUUAUACUGCUGGCACCUUGGACUGUGAGACAGAAAACUCUUACUGGCUCACGGUGUAUGCCACGGACAGAGGAGCUGUUCCCAUGUCUGCUUCGAUUGAAGUCUUUAUUGAGGUUGAAGAUGUUAAUGAUAACGCUCCCUUAACUUCAGAUCCAAUCUACCGCCCAGUCAUCAUGGAGAACUCUCCAAAGGAUGUGUCAGUCAUUCGUAUUCAGGCUAAGGACCCCGAUCUCACAUCCACACCCAGCCACCUGAGUUACCGCAUUAGUGCUGGCAACCCUCAGAACUUCUUCGCCAUCAACCCCAAAACAGGGCUGAUUACAACUACGGCCAGGAAACUGGACAGAGAACAACAGGCGCAGCACUUUUUAGAGGUGACGGUAAUAGAUGGUCCAGUGACAACCCGGCAGUCGACUGUUUGGGUCAUAGUUCACAUUGAGGAUGAGAAUGACAACGCACCCACCUUCCCGGAGGUCACGUAUCGCAUCAGCUUGCCUGAACGGGAACGCAACAAACGUGGUGAACCUGUGUAUCGUGUCUUUGCGUAUGACCGUGACUUCGGCGCCAAUGCCAACAUCACAUACAGCAUUAUUGAUGGCAACGAUGACGAAAAGUUCAGUAUUGACCCCAGGACUGCUACGGUACUGUCCAAGAAGAUGGUGACAGCGGGCAGCUGUGACAUCCUCACUAUAAAAGCAGAGGAUAGUGGUAAUCCGCCACUAUGGGCCGCAGUCAAACUCUACGUCCAAUGGAUUCGUAAACCUGUCCCCUCGCAAGUCCCCCUUCUCUUCACCCAGCGGUACUACAAUUUCUCAGUUUCAGAGUCGACUGCUGUGGCUCAGCCAGUGGGCGUGGUGGCCCUCAGCCAAUCCAGCACAACUGUCUGGUUCAGUAUUGUCGGUGGACGUCUUGCCAGAGAAAUGUUCUACAUUCCCCAGAAUGAAUGUGGAAGAAACUGUUCUCUUGACACAGGGAGUUUUGAAAUGCAGUUUGACCUCCAAGUCGGGGUGGGGACUAUUGUUGUGGCCAAGUCCAUGGAUGCAGAAGUUCAAUCGGUGUACAACAUGACAGUACAGGUGACAGAUGGGACCAAUUUUGCCACAACACAGGUAUUCAUUCGAGUCCAAGACAGCAAUGACAACCCUCCAGUCUUCUCACAGCCGGUGUACGACAUCAGUGUUUCUGAGGACGCACCAGCUGAUGUGGAGCUUCUGCGGCUCAGAGCAUCAGACAUGGAUGAGCGUUCUCGUUUGAGCUUCUCCAUUUAUGGAAGCGUUGACCCAACAAGUAUGAGACUGUUUAGGGUCAAUCCAGGUACAGGAGUUUUUUACUCCACAGACAGGCUAGACUACGAAGCCAGGACACAACACAUUCUCACCAUUAUGGUUAAGGAUCAGGAGUUUCCAUUUAACCGUGACCUGGCUCGUAUCCUGGUGGCAGUGGAGGACACCAAUGAUAACAUCCCUUAUUUUACGAGCACCAUAUAUGAUGCUAUAGCCUAUGAGACUUUUUCUGUGGGUACUUCUGUGCUGCAGGUUACAGCCCUGGACAAAGACAACGGGGUGAAUGGUCAACUCACAUAUACUAUUGAAGCAGGUAACACUGGGGGGGUGUUUGCCGUUGAUAAUGCCACAGGCCUUAUCUUUAUUGCAAAGGACCUGGACCUCACCUCGUUGGGUUUCUACACCCUCACCCUGCGUGCCACAGACAGUGGAUUCCCUCCAUUAAUGGCCACGGCUUCAGUUCGGAUUUCCUUGAUACUUUCUGAAUUCUCCAAACCCAAGUUCUCUCAGAAGGAGUAUCAGGCUGAGAUAGUGGAGAACAGCAAAAUUGGAACACAUCUGAUCACUGUUCAUGCCCUCAGUUCUUCUCCGCUCAUUUAUGACAUAAUCAGAGGAAACGAGGAGAACCGUUUUUCUAUAAACCACUAUACCGGUGUGAUCACCACUCGCAAACUGCUUGACUUUGAGCUAAUACCAUCUCAUUUUCUCAUGGUGCGUGCCCUGAGCAUGACUGGAGUGGAGGCCAGUACUACUGUCAUCAUCCAAGUGGUGGAUGUCAAUGACAACCAACCAGAAUUUCGACAAAUAAGAUAUGUGGGCAGAGUCAGUGAAGCUGCUCCGGUCAACAGUGUGGUUCUGGGAGAGGAUGGUAACCCUUUAGUCAUCCAGGCAACUGAUAAGGACCACAAUCACAAUGCCCUUUUAGUGUUUCAGAUCAUAGAUGAGACCGCUCGUAUGUUUUUCAGUGUGGAUUCUGGGACUGGAUCAAUUCGAACAAUUGAUAGUUUGGACUAUGAAACCUUCUCAGAGUUCUUCUUUCGGGUUCAAGUUCGAGACAGCGGCCAUCCUUCUAAGAGUGCUGAAAGUCCAGCAGAGGUGAUUAUAAAGGUGAUUAACAUCAAUGACUCCCCCCCAAAGUUCUCCCAGGAUGUUUACGAAACAGUCCUUUUGCUGCCUACCUACAUGGGAGUCGAGGUCCUCAGGGUUGAGGCUUCGGAUCCAGAUUUGUACACUGAUGAAACAAAGCCCAUCACUCCCCAGCUAGCUUAUUCUCUGGUUGAUACGAAUCAGGAAUAUUUCACUGUGGAGCGCUAUUCUGGGCUUGUGACUGUCACCAAUCAAAACCUCAGUAAAGAUCGUUAUUACUUUAAUGUCAAGGUUUGGGAUGGACGUUUUUCCAGCAUUGCAUCGAUCACAGUGCUUGUAAGAGAAGCUAUAGACAGUGGACUUAGCUUCACCCUCCCGGUGUAUUCUGCCUCCAUCUCAGAGAAUGUAUCCAAUGUCACCUUAGUGACUGUUGUAAACACAGUCGGCCACCGCCUCAAUGACCCACUGAAGUACACUCUGCUAAAUCCCGGACGAUGCUUCACCAUUCGGCCUACCAGUGGGGCGGUGUUCACUACUGGUGUGCCUUUUGAUCGUGAGGAGAAGGGAAGCUACGAGCUGGUAGUGGAAGUCAGCAGAGAAGAUGAGAUACUGAGAGUGGCAAGGGUGACUGUGCAAGUGCAGGUAGACGAUGUCAAUGACAAUGCUCCACAGUUUGUGAACCUCCCCUACUAUGCUGCAGUACAGGUGGAAGCAGAACCAGGAUCAGUAAUUUUCAUGGUCUCUGCCAUUGACAAGGAUUUUGGCCUAAAUGGAGAAGUUUCUUACCGCCUGAAAUCACAGCACAAGAAUUUUGAGGUCAAUACCAUGACAGGAGAACUGAUGUUAACAAGAGCUUUCGAAGCAGACUUAUCUAAUGCAGAAUUCAAGCUGGUUCUGGUGGCCACUGAUAGUGGCUUCCCUUGUCUGUCUAGUGAGAUAGAGCUGCCUGUUACAGUAGUAAACAAAGCAAUGCCUGUGUUUGACAAGCCGUUCUAUGGAGUCACAGUUAGAGAGGACUUGGCUGUAUCCACGUCUGUCCUCUGCAUCAAUGCAAGCAGUCCUGAAGGCCAGGACAUCAUCUUCACCAUCACGGAUGGGGACCCUUUCCUUCAGUUUGACAUCGGCUUUGAUACAGGAAUCAUCAUUGUGAUUUAUCCAUUGGACUACGAGACGACGCAGUACUAUCAUUUAACAGUGAAGGCCACUGACACCUUGACCGGGGCAAAGUCAGAGGUUGACGUAGACAUUGUGAUUCUGGAUGUGAAUGACAACCCUCCACUGUUUCAGAACGCCUUGUACUCUGCUGUCCUGUCAGAGAACUCCAUGAUUGGCACGUCCGUGUUACAGCUCUUUGCUCAGGACCAGGACUCGGAGAGGAACGCGGCAGUGACUUACCAGAUCCUAUCUGACAUCUACAACAGCACUGAAUACUUUCAAGUUGACAGCAACAUUGGAUUGGUAUUCACGGCGAGCAUGCUUGACUACGAGCUCAUACGGCGCCACAACUUCAUUGUCAGGGCGACAGAUAGUGGAGACCCUGCCCUCAGCAGUGAUGUUAGUGUUACCGUGGUUGUGACUGACACAAACGACAACCCGCCUAAUUUCAGUCAAACACUGUACGAGGCUUUUGUCAGCGACCUGGCUCCCAUGGGGCACUUUGUGACUUGCCUUCAGGCAUCAGAUGCUGACAUUUGCGAUUUUCAGAGGCUGAGGUACAGUCUUCUCUCAGGGAAUGAGAAAAUGACUUUCAUGAUGGAGUCAGACACAGGAGUGCUUCGUAUGUCUAACAAGAGGAGACAAGGCAUGAAACUCUCCUAUCAGCUCAACGUGUCUGUGUCAGAUGGAGUCUUUACCAACACUGCUCAGGUUAUUGUCCGUGUCCUGGGUGCUAAUCUGUACAGCCCAGUGUUCAGCCAGAGGUUCUAUCUGGCUGAGGUUCAAGAAAAUGUCCUUCCAGGAUCAAAGGUCAUACAGGUUUCUGCAACAGACGAAGACUCUGGGCUGAAUGGUCAGAUCACCUUUUCCUUCAUCAAUGAUCUGGCAAAAACCCAGUUCAACAUUGAUGCGGAUGGGCUCAUAACCACCCUUCAGACACUAGAUAGAGAAAAUUAUCUGAACAGGGAUAUGGUGCUGACUGUCAUGGCACUGGAUGGUGGAGGCCGUGCAUCGUUUUGCACAGUGCGAGUGGUCCUCGUUGAUGAAAACGACAACGCCCCUCGGUUCAGAGCAGUGGAGUAUCGUAUGAGCAUUAAAGCCAACGUUGCAAAAGGUUCCCUUAUCACACAGAUCCAGGCCACUGACCCGGAUGCUGGCUCCAAUGGAAGGAUAACCUACUCUCUUUACAGUGAGGCCCGUCUGUCACUGGUGGAUGUUCUGGAGGUGGAACCAGACAGUGGUUGGAUGAUGACUAAAAGUGCAGUGGAUCAUCUUCAGGGAACUGUUCUGUCUUUCUUUGUCAAAGCCACAGACUGUGGAUCUCCCCCCAAGCACUCCCUGGUCUCAGCCUUUAUCCAUGUCGUCCCCCCAGACUCGCUUAUUCCUUCUUUCAGCCAGCCCCAGUACUCCUUCACCAUCCCUGAGGACACUGCAGUGGGUACAGUUCUGGGGUCUGUGUACAUGGGCCCUGGGCAGACGGGCUUCUUCACCACAGUUGCAGGCGAGACACUCGACAGCAACCAGCAGGGGACAUUCCAGGUGGAGAGGGAGACGGGUCUCAUCCAUCUGCUCAAACCACUGGACUAUGAACAAGCCAUUAUUUUUUGCUUUAAAGUGGCGGCAACAACAAGAAGAGACCUGAUCGAGACCGUCUCUACUGUGGAUCUGGAAGUAAAGAUCCUAGAUGUGAACGACAACAAGCCGGCAUUUGAGACUAACACCUAUGUCGCCACAGUGAUGGAGGGGAUGCCAGCAGGGACACGAGUGGUCCAAGUGCGUGCACUUGAUCCAGACUGGGGCUCUAAUGGGCAGGUAACCUACAGCCUUGGGCCUCUGCUUACUUACAAUUUGGACUCAACGAAAGGUGCUCAGUCCCUCCCUGGUCCAAUUACUGCAAGUUCUGUAUUUGCCAUUGACAGUAAAACGGGCUGGAUCACCACAGUGAGUCCAAUAGAUCACGAGGCUUGCUCUAGCUACAGCUUUGAAGUGGUGGCCUUUGACCUGGCCGAGUCAAAGGCCCUGUCCUCCACCACCGUAGUAACCGUCACUGUGUCCGACAUCAACGACAAUCCGCCGACGUUUGAGAGGGACUUCUACCGAGGUGCAGUGAAGGAGAGCGAUCCCCUCGGUGAGGUGGUGGCUGUUCUGAGAACCAAAGAUCAAGACGGAGCAGAUCAUAACCGCCUCGUCAGCAUUUACAUCACAGGUGGAAAUCAACGCGGCGUGUUUGGCCUUACGCUCGUGCAGGGGGAGUGGAAGGUUUUUGUUAGCGGGCUGCUGGAUCGCGAGCAGCAGGACUGGUAUCUGCUUAACGUUACAGCCAGCGACGGCCUAUUUAUCGCUCACACUGCAGUGGAGGUCACCGUCAUGGAUGCCAACGACAACAGUCCCAUCUGCAACCAGGUGGUGUACAGUGCUUCAUUUCCUGAAGACAUUUCUAUCAACAAGGAUAUCCUAACAGUGGGUGCAACAGAUGCUGAUUCAGGUUCCAGUGCUGAGCUCCAGUAUUCGUUGUUUGGCAUUGGGGUGGAAGAUUUCUACAUGGAUGCUAACACGGGUGAAUUGCGAACAGCCACUGUGAUGGACAGAGAGAAAACUCCGGCCUAUAAACUCAUCGCUCAGGCAACUGACGGAGGAGGGCUGUUCUGCCGGUCUGACAUUUCUCUCAAAGUGUUGGAUGUGAAUGACAAUGCUCCCUCGUUCUCCUCCACUCAUUACCUAGCGAGUGUGUUCGAGAAUGCUGCCCCAAAGGCCUUGCUUACCCGGCUGCAAGCCGGUGACCCCGAUGAAGGUCUGAACCGUACAAUUGUCUAUUCUCUGGUGGAAUCAUUUGAUGGCUUGUUCUCCAUCGACCCAGUGACUGGAAUAGUGAUUCUAGAGAAAUCCUUGGACAGAGAGAGUCAAGACUUCUAUCGUGUUCGUGUCCAAGCUACUGACAGAAUUGGGCAACAAGGAGCAUUGUCCUCAGAGGUCGAUUUGACAGUUUUGGUCCUGGAUGUGAAUGAUAAUGCUCCAGUGUUUCAGAGGAGGGACUAUGCUGUUACCAUCCCUGAGGACGUAGCUGUUGGGACAGAGGUGCUACGUGUGAUGGCGACAAGCGCUGACAUUGGACCGAAUGCUGAGAUCACUUACAACUUUCGCUCAGGGAAUGAGUUGGGAAAGUUUAUUGUAGACAAAAAACUCGGCUCCAUUUCUGUGGCUGAUGACUUGGAUUUUGAGGUGUGUAAGGACUUCUACAUCACUGUGGAGGCCUGGGACAGUGGGAGCCCUCCUCUCAGUACUGCUACCAUGGUGAUUAUUGAGCUCAUGGAUGUCAAUGAUAAUGCUCCAAUCUUUGAUCAGGACAUCUACAAUGUACUGAUCAGUGAGGAUGCAUCUGUUGGGCAGACAGUUACAAAGGUAUUUGCGGAGGAUCUGGACAGCCAGGUCAAUGGAAGAAUUACUUACUCUAUUCUGAGAGGAGACCAAAGCAACCACUUCUGGAUCGACCCCGUUACAGGAGUGCUUAAAGUCAAUAAGAGGCUUGACAGGGAAAUAGUAUCCAGGUACUCUUUGUCAGUGCAGGCCUUCGACAGUGGUUCUCCUGCCAUGUCCUCCACUGUUGCAGUUAACAUAGACAUUUCCGAUGUUAACGACAACCCUCCCGCCUUCUCUCCUCCCAACUCUACAGCCAUCAUACAGUUAAAUCAGGCUGCUGGCACCACCCUGCUGAAGCUCUCUGUUAGCGAUAAAGACUCCCCUAGAAACGGUCCGCCCUUCGUAGUUCGCAUAGUGUCAGGAAACGAGGGGAGGUUCUUCAGUUUAGACCAGACUGGAACUCUGAAGUCCAAUCGUGUGUUUGGUCCUGAAGCACCCAGGGAAUUUAGUGUUGAAAUCCAGGCUAGUGACUCUGGUAAUCCAAGUCUUACCUCCUCUUCUUGGGUAUUUCUGCGAGUCCUUGGGAACAGUCAGUACAAGCCCUCAGUCUCCCCUCUGGAAAUCUUCAUUGUAAUGUUAACAGAUACUUUUCCAGGUGGUUCAAUUGGUCAGAUCUUUGCAACCGACCGCGAUCCCAACGACGUCUUGUCAUUUACUCAGAAGCCCGAGCCAAAGAGCAUGUUUAAGCUCAACAGACAAGAUGGCAGCAUUGUUGCUCUGUCAGGCCUUGAACCUGGGAGAUAUCAGAUAAAUGCAACAGUGAGCGAUGGACGAUUUGCCGUAAUUGCUGAUGUGUCAGUGCAAGUGGAGCAAGUGACAGACAUAUUGCUAAGUAGUGCCCUGACCUUACGUUUCAGCUCUUUAUCGGUGGAAGAUUUGCUCAGUCGCUACCUAAGCCAGAUAAGGUUAACGCUACGGGCACUAAGUGACUGGAAAUGGUCACCAGGGCAACAGGACCCUUUUCACAUACUUGGUGUGCAGCCAGUGGUGGGUACAUCAGACAUCGAUUUGGUUCUGGCUAUGGAGAAGCCAGAGAACUCAGGAGGCAGCCAGAUGGAGGGCUUCUACUCCCAGCAAGAGAUGUUGGCAAAGUUGGAGGAGGCCGCGGCUCGAGGACAGAUGAGAGGCGUCCUGGCUGGAGCUGCUUUGGUGGGAAGUACUUGUUCUGGGGAACUGGACUGUGGGGAUCGGGUUUGUGAAAACACUCUUGUGAUGGAGAGUGGCUGGCCUGUUACCUACAGCACAGAGAGGAUCGGCUUGGUGUUGCCAACAUUCAGACGUAAAGAGACCUGCACCUGCCCAGGAGGGACAUGUCCAACUCCUUUGGAACUUUGUGAAGGUCAGUCCUGUCCUGCAGAUAUGCAAUGUGUCCGCUCUGGUCCUACAGCGCCAUCUGUUUGCCAGUGUCAGCCUGUGAAACUGGAUGAAUGUGCAGGACGGACCUCUUUGAGUUUCUCUGGAAACGGCUACAUCAAGUACAGAGUGACAGAGAGUGACCAGAGUGGAGAGAUGAAGUUGAGCCUGAGGAUAAGAACACUUCAGCGACGGGGAGUCAUUAUGUUUACACGUGCUAACCCCUGCACCAUGCUCAAGAUUGAAGAGGGUCGACUUUGGUUCCAGAUACACUGUGACAACACCCUAGGCAUAAUGGGUAUUUCUGACAGACCAAUAAACGAUGGUCUUUGGCAUUCAGUGUCUUUGGAACUGACCAGAAACUACACCCUCCUGUCACUGGACGACAGCUAUGUGGAACGCCGCAGAGCAACCCAGGCCCCUGUCCGUCUAUGGCCUCUGGCUCCAGAUUCAUCUUUUUUCUUUGGAGCCCAAGUGAGGCCACCACAUGGCCAGGGGGAGGUACCCAGCCCUGAACUUGAAGGAAAAAUGGGAGGGCCAAGAAUUGGUGACCGUGGAGCGAGGGGACCUCCAAGAGCUCAGGACGGCUUCCAGGGCUGCCUGGGCUCUUUGGCCCUGAAUGGUAAUGAGCUGCCCCUUCAAAACAAGAGGAGCCGUUACGCUGAGAUAGCCGGACUCAGCGAGGUCAAGUUGGGUUGUGUUCUUUACCCAGAUCCUUGCAUCAGUCCGCCCUGCCUCAACGGAGCUGUCUGCAUCAGCUUGCCCUCUGGAGGCUUCAUGUGCAGUUGUGGCAGUGGAUUCACUGGGAGGCACUGUGAAACUGAACUGACAUCCUGCAUGCCAAACCCCUGUCAGAAUGGUGGCGACUGCGAGCCAGUUGGCAGUCCGUUCCUCUGUGGUUGUCCUGGAGGACUCACGGGACUUAUAUGUGACGUGGAUGUAAAUGAGUGUGAGCAGGACGUCUGUGGAAACAGAGGCGAGUGCGUCAACACUUUCGGCUCGUUCUCCUGCAACUGCUCAGAAGGAUACGAGGGUCAGUUGUGUGACGACCAGACCCUCGGGGAUGACACACAGGCUGAGCCGCUGUCGUACGUCGGACCAGGGGAGAUAAUAGGCAUCGGAGUCCUUGCCUUUGUCAUCGUUUUCCUCGUCAUCCUCUUCAUCGCUUUCAGAAAAAAAAUCAAAUUCAGGAAAGAGUUGGAUCCAGGACCAGGAACUGGGUCUGCGAUGGGCUUUUCAGCUGUUUCUGCAGAAAGCAGCUACAUGCUGCACAAGAGUGGCGCGAGAGCCGAGGGAAUCGAGUUUAAAGCUGUGCAUUUAUCGGGUUCACCAGAGUCCACAGGCAUCUAUGGGGAGGUGGGAGGCAGCAUGGGAGGCCCACCUCAGGUCAUGGUGCGUCCUACUGCCUCCAAUCCUACUGUCCUCCCCGGAGCUCAUGGAAACCAGAGCAUGAGGAGCGCUGAAGGCGACAGGACCACUUCCAGUGAAGGGAGUCAGAUGAGCAGCUUCCUCUCAGACGGGUCUAAUGUCCGAGGUUUGACCACCAGGAGAGGCAUUGCGGUGUGCAGCGUGGCACCCAAUAUCCCCUUGGCAUCGACCUACUGCUCUGAGAACAACCCUGCCCACAAAGUAUCCUGGGAGGGUGAGGAAACGAAAGGCCUAGAAAGACUCAGAGACGAGAGGGAGGAGAAGUGGAGAGAGAGGGCCUUUGAACUGGAGAAAACCCACAGGGACCACAGUCCUCAGGAGAUGGUGGACAAUGUGGAGUGUCCUUCGGCCUCCACCUCUGAAGAGCAGUCCCUCUGUUCCUACACUUCUGAGUCAUUGGAUGACAAUGAUUCCAUAGUGACAGUCAUACGCCUAGUCAAUGAUGCAGUUGAUGAUAUUGAAAGUGAAGUGUCAAACUUGGGUAGCAAGAAACAACAGCAGUGGAACAGUCCUGCAUGUCACCGCCUGCAGAGCAAGAAUAAGAUUUCUAUAGAGUUCUUCAAAGAGUACACUGUGGACUCAUAUCAGUGGGAGACUUCAUUUCAUGCUUCAAGCUGGUUGUCACCAUCACGGCUUUGUCCUCCAACACUAGGAUCACGUUAUGACCUUAGUGAUGCCCAGCCGAACAUCAGGCGUGAAGGCAGCACGCAGUCUCUGCAGCUGGACUCUAGAAUGAUGGAUUACGGCUGUGACAGCAGCCAUGAGUGGAGACAGGAGAGCCGGAGGAGCACCUUCCAGUGGGAGAGGAACUGUUCAGGUGUGUGGGAGAGAAAACAAAGUGUACACAAUGAAGAAAAGAGGAGGCAUGAAAGAGGAGAAAAGAGUGUGGCCUCAAGGAGCAGGGGCAUGGGAGACUACCUGGAUUUGCAUAGCUCCAACAGCUUUGAGAACAGCUCUUCACCUGUUUACGAGGAGUUCAGAGAGUCCAGUCAUGAUAUGGCACAAAGUGAAAACACAGAGAAUCUUUAUGACACUCUACCACCAACUCGACGAGCCUAUGAAGGAUACCUGCCCAGCCCGUUGAACCUGAACCUGCACCCAGCUCAACUCGUCCCUCCAAUAAGGACCUGGAACCUACAGUCUGGGCAAAUGAGGGGAUUACAGGAGGGUCAAGGAGAGCUCAGAUCUGCUGGUUUGGCAGGUUCUGAGGAAGAGCUAGAAAGAUUAUUGAACCUGGUGUCGCUCAGAGCAAGGAGAGCCACACGACUGAACAGAACAUCAACUGGAUCUGAACCAGCAGCAGGCUGGGAUGGGUUUAAAUGA